AUGCCUAAGAACAGCAAAGUGACGCAGCGAGAGCACAGCAGCGAGCAUGUCACCGAAUCGGUGGCCGACCUGCUGGCCCACGAGGAGCCUGUGGACUACAAGCGCAGCGUCUUGAACGUGACGGGCGAGGCCUGGGACAAGCAGAAGGACGUGGAGGAAGAUCUGGACACUGAGAAGCGGCCAGCGUGGAACAGCAAACUGCAGUACAUCCUGGCCCAGAUCGGGUACUCGGUGGGGCUGGGGAACGUCUGGCGGUUUCCAUACUUGUGUCAAAAAAAUGGCGGAGGUGCCUACCUGGUCCCGUACCUGGUGCUGCUCAUCAUCAUCGGGCUCCCCCUCUUCUUCCUGGAGCUGGCCGUGGGUCAGAGAAUCCGCCGGGGCAGCAUCGGCGUGUGGAAUUACAUCUGCCCCCGCCUGGGGGGCAUUGGAUACGCCAGCUGUCUCGUCUGCUUCUUUGUCGGUCUUUAUUAUAACGUGAUCAUCGGCUGGAGCAUCUUUUACUUUUUUAAAUCCUUCCAGUAUCCGCUCCCCUGGAGCGAGUGCCCCAUCGUUAAAAAUGGCACAGUGGCUGUUGUGGAGGCAGAAUGUGAGAAGAGCUCCGCUACCACCUACUUCUGGUACCGGGAGGCUCUGGAGAUUUCCAGCUCCAUCUCAGAGGGCGGAGGGCUCAACUGGAAGAUGACCCUGUGCCUGCUGACGGCCUGGAGCAUCGUGGGAUUGGCCGUGAUCAAAGGAAUUCAGUCCUCAGGGAAGGUGAUGUACUUCAGCUCCCUCUUCCCCUAUGUGGUGCUCCUUUGCUUCCUGGUGCGGGGGCUGCUCCUGAGAGGGGCGAUAGAUGGGAUCCUGCACAUGUUCACUCCUAAGCUUGACAAGAUGCUGGACCCCCAGGUGUGGCGAGAGGCGGCCACUCAGGUCUUCUUCGCCCUGGGCCUGGGCUUUGGAGGUGUCAUCGCUUUCUCCAGCUACAACAAGCAGGACAAUAACUGUCACUUCGACGCCACCCUCGUCUCCUUCAUCAACUUCUUCACCUCCGUGUUGGCCACCCUGGUGGUCUUCGCCGUGCUGGGGUUCAAGGCCAACAUCAUGAAUGAGAAAUGUGUGGUGGAGAACACUGAGAAGAUCCUGGGCUACCUGAACACCCACGUCCUGAGCCACGACCUCAUCCCGCCCCACGUGAACUUCUCCCAUCUCACGGCCAAGGACUACAGCGAGAUGUACCAAGUGAUCAUGACGGUGAAGGAGGAUCACUUCAAGGAGCUGGGCUUGGACCCCUGCCUGCUAGAGGAUGAGCUCAACAAGUCAGUGCAGGGAACCGGCCUGGCCUUCAUCGCCUUCACUGAAGCCAUGACCCACUUCCCAGCUUCUCCUUUCUGGUCCGUGAUGUUCUUCCUGAUGCUGAUAAACCUGGGGUUGGGCAGCAUGAUUGGGACCAUGGCAGGUAUCACCACCCCUAUCAUUGACACCUUCAAGGUGCGGAAGGAAGUUUUCACAGUUGGCUGUUGCAUCGUCGCCUUCCUGAUAGGUUUGAUCUUCGUGCAGCACUCGGGGAAUUACUUCGUCACCAUGUUUGACGAUUACUCUGCCACGCUGCCGCUCACGGUUGUGGUGAUCCUGGAGAACAUUGCCGUGGCCUGGAUUUAUGGCACCAAGAAGUUCAUGCAGGAACUGACAGAAAUGCUGGGCUUCCGGCCGUACAUCUUCUACUUCUACACCUGGAAGUACAUCUCUCCCCUCUGCAUGGCUGUGCUAAUGACAGCCAGCAUCAUCCAGCUGGGAGUCAACCCACCGGGCUACAGCGCUUGGAUCAGAGAGGAGGCUACAGAGAAGUUUCUCUAUUACCCAACGUGGGCUAUGGCCAUCCUCAUCUGUCUCAUCAUCCUGGCCACCCUCCCACUGCCCGUGGUCUUCAUCCUCCGUCAGUUCCACCUGGUGUCCGAUGGCUCCAACGCCCUCUCCGUCACCUACAAGAAGGGCCGGAUGAUGAAGGACAUCUCCAACCUGGAGGACAAUGACGAGACUCGCUUCAUCUUGAGCAAAGUGCCCAGCGAGACCCCGUCCCCGAUGCCCAUGCACCGUUCCUACCUGGGCCCGGGAAACGCUUCCCCAAUGGAGAUGAGCAGUGCACCCAACGGACGCUAUGGAAGUGGGUACCACUUGGCCAGCACCCCUGAAUCUGAACUGUGA